AUGGCAAGCGCUCGCCCUAUCCUCCGGUCCGAUCCGUUCAUUCGGGAGGAUCCGACUACGUCGCGCUAUAAUCAGAGAAUCCCCAAGGAAGUUUGGGAAGAAAUAAAGCCUAGAUUGUUGAUGCUCUUCAAUCGAGGCAUCCCCGCUUCUGAUAUUCUGCGAGAACUUGAGUCGAUCGACGUUCACGUCACGCGGAGCCAGCUGGCGACACAGAUGAGAAAAUGGGGAUUCCACAAGCAUAGCAGAGAACCACUUCAGCAGCCAAUACUUGAGUCACAAGAUACCUCCACAUCCAAUGAUCCAUAUUCGGAGGAACUACUUUGCAAUGCGAGGACGGCGGCAAGGCUAUCACAUGCACUGCGGCAGUAUCAGGAUAUAGAUUCAGAUUUCCCGUCUGUCAUGAUUGACACCGAAUUGGAAAUGCUGUCUAUCGAAAGAGGAGGUCCUCAAUUUUCGGACUGCACUGACUUGGCUCUCGUAUCUGGACUAAAUUUGGAUGACCCUUCUGUCGAGACUUACGAGAAUGCAACAGUUUACCGCAGCCAAUCACAUGGACCGCCACUCAAGCUGGGAGCUGUAGCACUCGCAAAAGGAGAGGCCACUUUGAGUCCGCAGAAUGUCAGCGCCUCUGCCGACAUACCCCAGCAAUCAGACAAUCUUAGAGGGAUGUUACAGACACAGAGGCGCCAUCUCAGCGCUCAUGACGCUAUUGAAGUUUUGUAUGGCCCGCCUAUCGCAAAGUCUUGUACAUCUUCAACAAGCUCUGGGUUCAUGUCGUUCAAAGAGAUAUCGACUAGGUUUCGAGAUACCGUAACAGCAUCCGCUCUUUCUCUCUAUUCGGUAUCAUCAGGGAAACGGUCCGAACGCAUGAAUUGGAGAUUUAGCACCGUGACGGGCCUUCCGUCGGAUUCCUCGGUGGCCAAUGGCACAGCAGGGGAUAACAUGAUUAUCGAUAUUAAAGAGCAGGUUGAAGAUAUGUAG